GGUAACCUGCACCUGCACAUGGAGGAAGUCUCUCUCUCUCUCCAUCCCUCCUUCCCGUUCACUCCUAAUAGGAUAAUUAAUAGAUAAUCUAAACAGUCGAUAAUUGUGGACUCAGCGAGGUCGAAGUGAACAUCAAAGGAGAAACUUUGAUGCUAGCUGUUCUCUGGGAGUCGGAGCAGAAAGUUGCAGCAGGACUCUGAGAGCAUUCAGGAGAUGCUCUGAUAAAAUAAGUGCGAGUUAAAAACCUGAAAAAAACUUCUCUGGCUUCACUUCACGAUCACAGUUUACAGUGCAGGUAUGGAUCAGAGGGCGGUGUGUGCGGGAUGUCAGCGCAUCAUCACGGACAGGUUCCUGCUCAGAGUCACUGACUGCCUCUGGCACGAGGGCUGCGUGCGGUGCGCGGCGUGCGGGGACGCGCUCAACAACUCCUGCUUUCUGCGGGACCGCAAACUUUACUGCAAGCGGGACUAUGCUGAUCUGUUUGCAGUGCGUUGUGGGGGCUGCACAGAGGCCGUGUCUCCUGCAGAGCUGGUGAUGCGUGCAGGGGCCGCUGUGUUCCACCUGCGCUGCUUCACCUGCAGCGUUUGUUCCUGCCGCCUGCAGACCGGAGACCGCUGUGUCCUCAGGGAGGGACAGCUACUGUGUGCCAGAGAGGACUACCACCAGUGUCUGGCCAGUCCCACCUCCUCUGACACAGGUAAAAGUGAAGAUGAUGAAGACGAUGAGGAGGAGGAGGAGGAGGAGGAGGAGGAGAAAGUUACCGGCAGGCGAAUCAGAUCAGAAGACCUGGAAAGUAAACGUCCUAAAAGACCUCGCACUAUUUUGACCACCCAACAAAGAAGAACCUUUAAAGCCUCCUUCGAGGUCUCAUCCAAGCCCUGUAGAAAGGUAAGGGAGACCUUGGCAGCAGAGACUGGCCUGAGCGUCCGAGUUGUGCAGGUCUGGUUCCAGAACCAAAGAGCCAAGAUGAAGAAAUUGGCGAGGAGACAGCAGCAGCAACAGGAGCAGCAGCAGACUCAGGAACAGCAUGAGCACCCGUCACACCAUACAGCGCCCCCCUGUGGUGGUUUGCCCUCUGAGCUGGAGCGCCUGGGCUCCUCUUUUUCCCACAGUCAGCAGCAGCAGCAGAAAACGCAGCAGCAGAUGGGGUUCACCACGCUCGAGCAGCAGGACUAUGACAUGGACCCCUUCAGACAGGGCCUGACCCCUCCUCAGAUGCCGGGGGAUCACAUGCACCCCUACGGCUUCAAGGGCCUGUACGGUGAAAUGGACAGAGAGCCUCUUUGUCAUAUGGCUGACAGGGACUGCCUCUCCCUGGGCGGCUCCUCUUUACUUACUCCUAUUGACUGUCUUUACUCCAUGCAGGACUCGUACUUCACCUCCUGAGAGUGAAGACUGGACUCAGUAAGGAACGGUCCACAUGAAAGUGCGUGUAAAAAUAUCGCCAAGGAAUGUGGAUACACUGUGAUAGUAUUUGAUAUAGUGUCAAUCUGUCACGGUACAAUCAUUUCAGAACACACAUACACACACAAAGGCAGGUAGGUGCAAUGAAGGUACUACAAUAAAUGAGCAGAACUGGUGUACAGGCAGAUGGCCAGGGAAUCCAAAACAGGAACAAGAAUCCAAAAACCAGGUUGCCAGUCCAAAAAAACUCAGAAGGCCAGAUUGGUGAACCUCCGCCAUCUGACAACAUGCAACAACCAUGGAGGUACACUGUAAAUCGAAAAACCAUCAAUUAAAAGGAAACAUGAAAAACAUUUACCUAUAUUCAAUAUAAAGUAAAACCUGUCUUCAUUUCAAUUGAGGUCAAAAUAUAACCAGUAUCAUUAGGCAGCUGGUUACAGUUAAUAAUACCUGCUUCGAUUACAUAUGUAAGGAAGCUGAACUGCCGACAGUUCAGUCGUACUGUAUAAUCUGUUAUGCUUGCCGUCAUUUGCCUGAUAUGCUUGGAGCUCAGAAAUCAGAAAUUUCAAAUAGGAACUACCGAGUUUUCUGGAAUGCAGCAUAAAUACAAAGGCAAAGUUAAUAAUUACACAAGGUCAGUCACCAACAGACACAGGUAGAAAAUCAUCAAACAGGAAAUACUAAUUCAAGAGUCAAGGCAAGAAGUCACAUAAUGAGCACAUCAUAAGAACAUCUGUGAUUAUCAGUUGCUGGAUUUUCCAUGUGCAUGUCCUUAUAAACAUACAGUAACUACUCCUCUGCCUCUUAUGCUUUGCAAUCCAACAACGCAGUCCCCUGUGCAUGUACAAUACUGUCCGACCUCUAACUGUGUUUAAAUGUUAGAACACGAGAUUAUAACUGCAUCACUCAAUGUAAAUAACUGUUUGGUUGUGUAUUUGUAUUUAUUCUCACAAUGCGUGU